AUGCCCCCACGAGGUAUAGCCAGUCUGCUGGCCAUGCCACCAGCCCUACGGCCGGUGUUCCUGCAGGCAGUCAUGGCUGGGCCCCGAUUCGAGUCUGCCGUGCCCCUCUGUACCUGCAGCCGGCGACCCUACUCGAAAUCGGCCAAACCAUCGCGCCCACCACCACCUCCUCCCUCCCCUCCAACCCACAGCCGCGACGAUGCCCCUCCACGCGCCCUCUCCUUCCAUCCCUCCCCGGCUCCCGUCCAACCGCCCGUCGCCCACCUCGUCUUCGACACACCACCCUUCGACCUCACACGGUCCGCUUCGCUCUUUAGCAGCCCGAAGUUCCUCUACUCGGCGCCGCGCUUCCUGCACCUGCCGAUCAACACGCGCAUCCCGGAGGUGUGCGUGCUGGGGCGGUCCAACGUGGGCAAGUCGACGCUGAUCAACGCGCUGGCCGGGCUGGGCGGCAAGCGGGCAGGCGCGAGCCACGGGUCCAAGAACAACCGCGCCGGCAUCGCCGUCACGAGCGCCAAGGCCGGUUGUACCAAGACUAUGAACGCCUACGGCUUCGGCCCGCCGCUUUCCACGAAGCCGCUGACCAGGGCGGAGCAGGAGGCGCGCAAGGAGGGCGGGCGCGGGCGCGCAGAGCGCAGGUCCGCCGAGGGGAAGAGGAGGGAGCCCAUGCCCCGGCAUAGCUUGGUCAUGAUAGAUAUGCCUGGGUACGGGCUCAACUCGCGCGCCGACUGGGGUGAGGAGAUCCUGAAGUAUCUCAACCGUAGGGAGAUCCUACACGGCGCCAUCCUGCUCAUCGAUGCGGUUGCCGGUGUCAAGCAGGGCGACCGCAUGGUGCUGGAGGUACUGCGGGACGCGGGGCUCAAGACAAGUGUGGUCCUGACAAAGGCGGAUAAGCUGGUGAAUGACACAGAUGCCUUCGUGUGGGAGAACAGCGGGCCGCUGAGGCAGGCUUGCUUGCAUAUCUGGCAGGAGAUGAGGACGGUGGAGAAGGCGGGCAAGAUGGACUGGUUCGAGGGCGACGGCUGGAACCCUGAGAUCUUCAUCACGGGUGCUGGCGACCCGAAGCUCGGUGGUAUGGGCAUUGAUGGUGCGAGGCUGUCGAUAUGUAGGCUCGCAGGCCACCUCCCCACUCCCGUGAGGAAGUUCGAGGUGGCGGAGCCGGAAAUUGUGCCUUUCGACCAGCUGGUGUUCACCAAGUCGCCGUCCUCAAUACCGACGCCUGAAAGCCAGGCCGCUGUCGAGAUCCAAGAGCCCGAAGAGCAGGUUCAAGCGCCAGUAGGGCGAGGAAGAGUAAGGCCCUGGAGGGCAAGGCAACGCGUCGACCAAAUGGGUCUGAUGGAGGCAGCUAUGGAGCGGCCCAAGGCGAGGAGGCAUCUGGGCCAGGCCUCGUUCUAG